CCCCUCUGUUCCUACUCCAAACGUGUUUUUAAUUGGCUGUCCGAUUAAAGCUGCCGCUUCCUGUGGCGGUCAGUGUGGGCUGUGAUUCCAGAGGCUCCUCCUGUUAGAGCAUCUCGGGGGGUGUGCGUGUGUAAAUACACCGUAUCACCAGCACGCACAAAUAUGCAUACACCGAGCAAAACAAACAAGGCGACAACUGGUGACUGACUGUUUGAUCCCUACGUCUUGACUGCAUGUCGUUUCUGUUCCAGGAUGGACAAAGAAGGCAAGUCGAAAACCUUUGUGUCUACGUUCCGGUUGGAACUCAAGCCUAUAGCCAGAACUUGCUGUGUGGAGAAGAAUAAAGGGAACAGAGUGGACGCCACGGGCAGGACGGUGAUGGGAAACCACAAAGCAGAAAUCUCAAAUCCAACAGCAAAGAAAACGUCCACAGUGUGCAACCAGGAGGUGCACAAUGAGGUCACAAACACAGACUCAUUACCUGAAAACACUCAGCCAUCCUCAAGAGUCUCAAAAAACGGAAGGAAAGAGAUGAAAGACAAAGGGGUUCCUGUGGAGUUUGUUGACCCGCCAGAGAAGGUGGAGGUCCGAUUGGGAGAGCAGGCCGUGUUGCACUGUGAUUUCAGGACCAUCUCUGUGCCUGUGGCCUGCUGCUGGAUUUACAACAGGGAGAAGGUGGUGGUAGAACGACCGCAGACGUCUGUCAAGAGCAGUGAGAAUCACAGCAGUGUGGAAAUCUCUGGGGCUUGUCCAGAAGACACAGGCCUGUACACCAUAGUCGUGAAAAACCGAAGAGGUUCCGCCCAGCACACCGUGUCCCUCAGCGUCAUAGACCGGCCCGAUCCGCCUGCAUCCCAUCCCGUUGUAUCCCAGCUGACUACUCAGUCCCUGGUCCUGUCCUGGACGGGUCCCAGCUACGACGGCGGCACAGCUGUGCUAGGUUACAUAGUGGAAACCAAGCGAGAGGAUCUGGACGAGCCUGGGAGCUGGACUCGAGUAAUAAGCUGCUGUAAGAACACGUCCCAUCAGAUCUCCUCAGGCUUGGACCCUACGGGGAUGUAUCGCUUCCGUGUGCGUGCCUACAACUCCGCAGGCACCAGCGAACCGAGCAGAGAGUCUGACUGCAUCAGGAUGGCAACUGCGAAAAUGGCAAAAGAAAAGACGGAGACCUACGUCACUGUGACAGUCGACACUACGCACAAGGUGGAGGAGCACUACAAUGUGCAUGAACAGCUGGGAGUUGGGAAAUUUGGUCAGGUAUUCCGGCUGUCCCACAAAGAGACGGGCCGGGAGUGUGCUGGCAAGUUCUACAGAGGGCGGACCGCCAAGGAGAGGAGUGCAGCCCUCAAGGAGAUUGAGCUGAUGAAUCGUCUUCACCACCCAAAACUGGUCCAGUGUCUUGCUGCCUACAGCACACCCUCUGAGCUGGUCAUGAUCAUGGAAUAUAUCGCUGGCGGCGAGCUCUUCGAGCACAUCCUGGAUGACAACUUUGAGCACACGGAGCCCACCAGCGCCCGCUACAUGCAGCAGAUCCUGGAGGGCAUGCAGUACGUUCACAAACAGAACAUUGUCCACCUCGACCUCAAGCCGGAGAACAUAGUGUGCGUGGACAGCAGCGGCACACAGAUCAAGAUCAUUGAUUUCGGCCUCGCUAGUAAACUGGAUCCUAAUAAACCACUGAUGGUGAUGCACGGCACGCCUGAAUUUGUGGCCCCUGAGGUGAUCAGCUUUGAGCCUGUGAGCCUUGAGACGGACAUGUGGAGUAUCGGCGUUAUCUGCUAUAUCUUGCUCAGUGGAGAAUCUCCAUUCCAAGGGAACAGUGACCAUGAAACUCUGGCCCUUGUAACAGCCGCACAUUACGAAUUUGGCAAAGAGAGUUUUGAAGGUAUUUCUGAUCAAGCCAAGGACUUCAUCAGCUCCCUGCUGAAGAAAGACAGAAGGUGCAGGUUGUCUUGUAUGGAGGCACUGGCCCACCCCUGGUUGAUCUCCUUCACCCCCCUGAACCGCAACAGACCCACAAAGUCCCUCAACAAGGACAAGAUGAGGCAUUUCCUGGCAAAACGCAAGUGGAAGAAAACUGGCAAGGCUGUUGUAGCCCUGCAGCGGAUGGCAAACCUCUCAAACAGGCCCGACUCUCCUGGCAGCGCCUCAGAGGAACCAGCUUGGAGCCAGGAAGCUGAAGAGGCCAUCCAGUCCAUGGACACUCUGCUUCAGUGUGAGCCUCGUUUCCACCAGACCCUGAAAGACACGACCCGUCCCAAAGGAGCAGACGCUCAGCUAAUGUGUCUCAUCAAUGGUUACCCAGAACCGAUUGUGAAGUGGCUUCACAAUGAGCAGAUGCUGUUGGAGUCACCCAGAGUAACCAUUGAGCAACACGAUGGGUUCUGUUCUCUCUUUCUGGUUGACUUGGAGCCUUCUGACUCUGGGGUGUAUGUGUGCAGGGCCUCCAAUGACCUGGGGGAGGCGAUGUGUUCUGCCAGACUGACUGUGGAGCUCUAAAGUAGAGCACAACUUCCCUCAUUUAGUAGCAGACUUGAAAAGGUUGAACAGAGAGCUGUGGCCUGGACUUUAAUGUAAGCCCGGGCACACACAGUUUUUAAUUUUAAGGCAAACUGGUAUUUUAUCAUCCACUACCAUGAAGGAAUAUUUGAAUUAACACAGUCCUUAAUUUCACCAUCUUAAGUGCACUUAACCAGUUCUGUAUUGUUUGUGGUGAACUUUUUUUUUUUUUUUUAAUACAAACUCACAUUUAAUGUUUUUGCUCUACACUACUGGUCACCUAAGAACUGUACAUUUUGCACAUGUUAAAGUUAAGUGUUUUUAACAUUAAAAUUAAAUGAAUUUUUA